AGGAAAGCGUCUGAAAUGUGCAUUACUGUGCAUCACGGACAAUUUCCAAUCAAACACCGAGGUGCCUUUCCCUAACAAAUCUGAAUGGCUUCCCUUUUGCACGAAUAGUAAGGAGAACCUUGCAUCAUUGAUUUCUUGCUUUAGAGGAAGUUUGACUUGAGAUUAUCCAACUGCUCGACGCCACAGUUGCCCCGAUGGAGCUGUUUGUCGUUGUCUGUGUCGCUCAUAGCGCGCCACUGCAUCAAGCUCUCCACGCCACGCAGGUUAGUCGCGUGCUGAAACUCAAACAUCCGACUGGGCGGGGGCAUGACGUGGUCGGGCUUCUUAACCAUGAUCAAGAAGACCGAUCCAACCCCUCCGGAUAUCUGUCGUUGGAGCCUUCCGCCCUGCAAAACAUCCUGUUGACCCGGCUCUGUGACGGUAGUGGACUGUCGGAGAACAUGCAGGAUAUCUGCAUUGUGCGAAUCGAUCGCAGGCUUAGCCAGCCCUCAAAGCUGCCCAAAAUGUUGCCCAUUAUACGUCGAAUUGAUUGGCGUUGGGGACCGAAUAUCGCGACUAUCCAUGGGGUCCAAGCGGGGCACUGGGCUAAAACGAAAGAGUAGAGGAUGUCGUUAGUGGGGUGAUUUGCAUCGAGGGGCCAGAAGCGUGCUGAUCA